AUGGAGGUGGGCAACAUCGAUAACUCCUCAGUCCAUGGCAACUCAUCAGACAUCCACCCAGUCACGCACAGCUUGUGGGAGGUCAUCACCAUAGCGACGGUGUCGGCUAUCGUCAGCUUGAUAACCAUUGUGGGGAAUGUUCUGGUGAUGCUGUCCUUCAAGGUGAACAGCCAGCUGAAGACGGUGAACAAUUACUAUCUACUAAGUCUGGCUUUCGCCGACCUCAUCAUAGGUGUGUUUUCCAUGAAUUUGUACACCUCUUACAUACUGAUGGGCUACUGGUCAUUGGGCAGUUUGGCUUGUGACCUGUGGCUAGCCCUGGACUAUGUGGCUAGUAACGCAUCAGUCAUGAACUUGCUGGUCAUCAGCUUCGAUAGGUAUUUCUCCAUCACCAGGCCUCUGACGUACCGGGCCAAACGGACACCAAAGCGAGCCGGGAUCAUGAUUGGCCUUGCGUGGCUGGUGUCAAUUGUCCUCUGGGCACCACCCAUCCUGUGCUGGCAGUAUUUUGUGGGCGAGCGGACAGUGCCCGAGCGUCAGUGUCAGAUCCAGUUCUUCUCAGAGCCAGUGAUCACAUUUGGCACGGCCAUUGCCGCAUUCUACAUCCCCGUCUCGAUCAUGACCAUCCUCUACUGCCGCAUCUACAAGGAGACGGAGCGGCGCACCAAGGACCUGGCUGAGUUGCAGGGUAUGAGCUCAGCCAUGGACUCGAGUGGCGGCACCGGCAAGUCCCAGAAGACCAUCAUCAGGUCCUGCUUCAAGUGCAAACAGCUGAACAGUGCCGGUGUGCGGGACCGGAACCAGGCUUCCUGGUCCUCUUCAAGCCGCAGCAAUGUCACCAAGUCGGCGGCCACGUCCAAUGACGAGUGGUCCAAGACUGACCAGCUGACAACAUUCAACAGCUAUGCAUCGUCCGAGGACGAGGAGCGUCCCGUAUCUCCUGGGGGCAUCUUCCAGCCAUCUUACAGGAACGAGGCUUGCCAGGACAACAGGUGCUCCAUGGCUACAACAACAGUGCCACCAGCUGACGGUGAGCAGCUCAGCAGUUAUGACGAGGACAGCUUCUUCCCCUCGCCGCUCAAGAGCAGCUCUCAGAAGAGCAAGAAGUGCGUCUCCUACAAGUUCAAACCGGUCGCCAAGGAGACUAGUCUGGACCACCAACAGCAGCAGCUGCAGCAGCAGCCGAGCAAAAACGGGGGCACCAAAGGUGGCCCGGCCACGUCCUCUUUCUCUUCGGCGGAAUCCAUGAGCGCCCCGUCCACCUCGUCCUCUUCGAAGCCGGCCGACGGGACACUAAAGAGCCAAAUGACCAAGAGGAAGCGAAUGGUGCUGAUCAAGGAGCGCAAGGCGGCACAGACGCUGAGUGCCAUCCUCCUGGCCUUCAUCCUCACGUGGACGCCGUAUAACAUCAUGGUCCUCAUCUCCACCUUCUGCUCUGACUGCAUCCCGCUCUCGCUCUGGCACCUGGGCUACUGGCUGUGCUACGUCAACAGCACAGUCAACCCCAUGUGCUAUGCGCUGUGCAACAAGACCUUCCAGAAGACCUUCCGGAUGCUCCUAUUGUGCCAGUGGAAGAGGAAGCGCGUUGAGGAGAAGCUCUACUGGUACGGCCAGAACCCUGUGGUUAACACUAAACUCACAUGAACUCUCAAGCUCUCACAAGCACCUGGAACAAGCAUUUUCUGAUAUUAUAGCAGUAGGGAUGCACAGUAGGGGACAAGUGCUGUUGAUUCUGGUGGGAACUGGAAGGCAGGGGUAUUGCUAGGAUUUUUGGGCCCUAUGAAAGAAUAUAAUAUUGCCCCAAAAUCCU